UCCGUUGCAUGGUACUCAAGAAGCAUAUGCAUGCCAUCAUCGGCUCGCCUGUUUCUCUUUUCAUCUACUAUUGUAUGUACAUGUCACUUCAAAAACUACUCCAAACACGAUGGCAAUUCUGCCACACCCCGCCGUUAUCGCCUAUCGCGUGCCGUCCGUGCGCGCGCUCUCUGUCUCGCUUUCACACUGUGUUCUCUCCACCGUGUCCUUUCGGACCCUUUGCCAAGCAUCGUCCAUCCAUCUAUUCCAUCUGUAUUCACCACCACAUGGUCAGUGUCACUUCCCCAGUUUGACUCACGUUUCUGCAACGUCGCCACAGACAAUCACCGCUGUCACAGGAACAGUGUCUCACAUUGCCCGCUUCUGCUGAUCUUGUACUUCCUGAACACGUUGCAGCAUGCCGCUAUUUCCCGCUGUUCAGACCUCCAGGAUUCACUUUUGAAUCGUUGUCAUGUACUCGAUACCCUUGGGGCCCCGUCUGUUCGGUUCGCUGACUUAUCCUUCCCCUUGUCUUUGUAUAUACGGUGCGACAUGGUUCGAAUCAUACCCCAAAUUGCCGCAACUAUUACCGAUCCAUUUUCUCUUGGGCCUACAGUGAAGCGCCUCCAGCCUACCAGCGCUCGCCUUACCCAAUCUUCCACGUCCUUCUACACUUCUGCCCUUAUGCUGCCGCUGGAACCCGCCAAUGAUCCCCUUGAAUAGCACCAAUGCUUGUUUAUCUCACGAGCCUAUCAAGUCGUGGCUUUGCCUACCGCAUCUGGAACCUUCAUAUUCCAUCGAUUGCAGCACUAAAAAUUGGCACUCGUAGCAAGGGAUACCGUCGUCGUUGUGUCAGCACCAAGACCGAGUUGCCUCCGAUGCCUUCUCGCUCCAACGUCAUCCCUUUUCCAGAUCGCUCCAUCGCAUGCCCACGGCAGGACCCAUGGCCAUCUGCAGCAUCGCGGAUAGGCUUGCUAUUUGCUGGCUUUUCGGCUCUCAGUUUGUGUGUGAAGGUAGUGCGAGUUCGCAAUAGUUGCGCUCUUUGGAAGUUCCAAGAUUGUUAUCGUGACUAUACAAGAAGUAGAUACUUACCCAAUACACUCUUGUUGCAUCAAUACCACCACAGGGUAUUUGGAGGUCUAGGUCACAGCUCCUAGCUGGGCAUAACUUGAAAAUAUUCCUUUUGCGGCAUCUUGUCCUGCUAGAGUUGAUCGCAGCACUAAAUAUUGGCAUUGCCAAUGCAUCGGUCAUCCUUCUUCAGUAUACAACGGACAGCCUGGACCAGUUGCCCGCAAUGCACACGCAACCUCUGCAACACUGCCUUUUGCGGCAUUUUCCCUCGCAGAGUUGAUCGCAGCACUAAAAAUUGGCAUUGCUGAACCAGCGGUAUCCUUUUCUCACGAUACUACGGGGCGCCCGGACAUUUAGACUGCAAACAAGGAUGAAACCUCACUAUGCUACCCUUUCCGGUAUGUUUCUUUCACGCAAUGGAACGCAGCACUAAAUAUUGGCGCUUGGCGCCCGGCGAUAUCCAACAUGCUGUAAUGGCAUACCUGGAUAACCACGCCGCAGCCUCACGAUUCUGCCCUUUCUGGAAAAUCCUUCUUCGCGCCAUAGAUCGCAGCACUAAAUAUUGGCACUUGGCGCUCGGCGGUAUCAGAAUGCCAACAGACGGACCCUUCCUUCACGAUGCAAAGGCCACCCCGAUCACUAAACCG